ACUGUAGUAUGUACACGGUGGAUAAAAAGUGGAAGGGAGGGACGAAUAAGGACGUGCCAUACAUUUAAACUUAACAGACUGAAAACAAACUUCUGAUAUGAUUCACAAUAAUAUUGCCUCUCCUUUUAGAAAGUGAAAGAGCAACUCCUCCUUCUGGGCAAGGGAAGUGUUUGUGUUUCUAGGAAAACACUAAGAGGGAGAACAGGAUAAUAGCUUGCAAACUUAGGAAAACCUGUUGCGGGACUAUUGGUGUUGCUGUAGGAAAAGUUGGCAUCUCAUCAUCUCUGAGAGCACUCCCACAGCUGUGCCUUUCACUCUUACUGCCAAAAUAUUCCUUUACGUGUUCCUAAUGGACAACUCCACAACACAAGCAUCUGGCAUAAAUAAUAAGGGAUCAGAUGGUCGCUACUUCGAGGCUAUAGUUGGAGUUGUCAUUGCUGUGGUCGUUCUGGUCCUUCUUCUCGUCAUAGCCGUCGUAUUGCGGUAUAUGUACCAGCAAAAGGGCACGUAUCAUACCAACGAGGCCAAGGGCACAGAGUUUGCAGAAACGGCAGAUGCUGCUCUUCGAGGAGACCCAGCCCUGCAGGAUGCCGUGGAUGAGAGCAAGAAAGAAUAUUUCAUAUGAGACACAAUGCCUGGGCCUUUAUGUGCAUCAAAUAACAAACUUCAGGCUGAAAUGAUGUCUGAAUCAUUAAUUGCAUCCUGUUUGCUUAAACAGCCUAACAGCUCACAGACUUUCAGCAAACAGAAAGAAACGUGAAGAGCAUUCGAAAAUCUCUAGAUUUUGAAGUUUGUUAUUUUGUUUCUUGAAGAAAAGAGGUUAAAAAGUUUAGUGGAGCAUUUGAUGGGAAACAGGCUUGCAAUUGUAGCCUAAAUUAAGCUAUUAAUCAAUAGGGGCAAACUAGUUGAGACCAAAUGCUAGUUUGUAGGUUUUUGAAAGUUUGUAUUUCUCAGAAUUUUGGAACAAUGCUGCCAUGCUGUAAAAAAAAGGUCCACUUUGUGUUAUUCUUGGUUUAACCAUUUAGUAAGCAAAAACAAACAAAUUUAUGGGAAAAACUUUUUUUGAAUAAAAAUUAAAUUAUUAAAAGAUAAUUGGGUUGCAUGGAAAUGACACAAUAAUUAAAAAAGUUAAAAAAAAAUAAGAUCAUGGAUUACAGUCAAGUGAUGUUUAAAAUUAGCUACUUUCUAAUUUUUGUUAUAUAAAACAAAAGUUUAUUGACUAUAUCUAUUACCAAAAUGUGGAGUUUGUGCUUCUAAUGUUUAAAGCUCCACUGUGUAGGAUCUACUCCCAUCUAGCGGUGAAAGUCUAUAUGACAAGCAACUGAAUAUUACUUUCUAGCCCCCCCCCCCAUUCGGAACGCGUUUUAACUCGUACGGUGGCCCGGCCGUGUCAUGCCAAGGUUAACAUGGCUUCCAGUAGCUACAAAGCAAAAGCAAUGAAAAAAAUGAAAAAUUUGCAAUGUCCUUUGCCUGUGAUCCAUCAAAGCACACAGAUUUAUGUUUAACAUGGAAAAAGUCUGAUUGUCAUGAUAUGUCCGCUUAAAAUCACAUACAUCCAUAAACGUAGCUUAGACAUUCCUUUUUCAUCGACGCGAGGAAAAAUAUCACAGGGGCUGUUAAACUUGGUAUUAAAAUGUGUUUUCGUCGAUCAGAUCACAAGUGGACGAGAGAGACACAUUACGUUUACACUUGGUGUUUAAAUCCGUCUCUGUUUGUCCAUUUUCUCUCCAGAAUACUGAGGGGAUGGUCUGUGGACGAGUCACACUCCUGUCAUUUAAUCAUGAGCGGGAGUAAUGAUGGGUUUAAAUGGACGUGAACUAAUAUUAUGUCAGAGUACAAUGCUUAUGUUUUAAGUAAACGUUACAUGUCCGUGUAUAUGUAAGAGCUUUCUCUCAUAUUGGUGAAAAAAAAUCGCGCAACUUUCACACGCUUGUAAAAUGAAUCGAAAGACGCGCAGAUCAGACGCUUUUAUCAAUGAAAGGCUAAAAAUAGGGCUGUCACCGUGUGUUUGUGCUAGAGGUCAGAAAAGAUGAAAAACAUUUAUCUCAGUACCUCAGAUUACAUAAAUGGGCGGAGAGACGGCGUGUGUCUGUUCGAACACAUUAAACCACAUGCGUGUUUACACUAACAAGUGUUAUGCAUAAUCAUGCUAAAGUUAGCCAAGGAACUAUAAAACUUCAAGUUUACAACAUGGACUGUAUCGAUGUAAACGAAUAUGCUGAAUUACCUGUGGAGAAGAUAUAAAGUACAACUUCAGUGUCCCUUGAGCCCCAUCUUGGAAAACUAACUCCAAUAUUGACUUUGGUCUUGAUGUUUUUCCUGUCGCGUUGUCAUUUAAAAUCCCCGUUUCGCUUCCUUGGCGACUUGUUUUAAUGUCCUCGAGAAUAUGUCUUCAACAGGCUUUCAAAUCAAAGCAUUAGAUCGCAGGUUCAUCACGGUGUGCGGCUGUUGUAAAAUCCGAAGGAUUCAGCAACGCAGGUCACAGGCUGCAUACGUCAUCAAGCCUGGUUUAUUUAACUCUUUCCCCGCCAUUGACGAGAUAUCUCGUCAAUUAAGAGAAAACGCUUCCCCGCCAAUGACGAGAUUUUCCGUCUUUCCGCAAUACCGCUAUUAUCCUAUUAUUGCCCUAUGGCAAGCUGCUGCAUGUCCGUGUCUGUUUUAAAGAUCGCUCUGAAUGAGAUCUCUAUGAAAAGUCCGUCAUAAAAAUGAAAUUAUCUCUGCUUUUUGCUCAAAAUAUGGUGCUUUUGCAAAAACCUACCCAUAUUCAAAAGCUGAUUGCAAAAGAACCACUAAAGGUAGGAUGAAACGUUUUUUUUUUUUUUUUUUUGAAAGCAGAGGGUCUGUUCUUUCAUUUGGUAUAUUGUAUGUUUAUAUUUAAAGAAGAACAUUUUGCAUUAAACUUUGGUGAAAAUCAUGAAAAACGCUGGCGCUGGCUGGCAACUUUUUUUUAAAAACGCUGGCGGUGAAAGAGUUAAAUCAACUGAGCAUUACAUUCACAAGUCAUAAGCAUAUUACAUCAAUUUACAAUUAACUAAGAAUAAUUGUCAGCUUUAUAAUUGUUAAAAUUCUGAAAUAAGACUGUCUUGAUGACGUAUACCGCCUACACAUGCAACCUCUGGAGGCUUCAGCUAGCGGCCAGCGUGAGUGUAGAGUGAAAGCGCGAAAGGCAGAGCUUGAAUUUCAGGAAUGCCCCUCGUCGGCGAAUGUAUUUCAAAGAUGGAGGCACAACGUGGAUUCAGCCAGAGAGUGCUUCGACGGUAUGCAUUUUAAAUAGCAGAUUCUACACUUACGAGAAUACUUUGAUUAGUAGGGUGGAAGUAAUUACACAUGAAUGAGCACAUACUUUUGAAAGAAAACAUGGGGUUUUGCUAAGAAUUAACUCAAAAAAGUACACAGUGGAGCUUUAAAAAAAUAACAAAAUUUAUCAUAUCAUAUCUCUUUGUAUUUUUGUUUUCAUUGUAUUCGACACUGAAUGUCAGCAACAAACAUCAGCUCAGAAGAAAGUGAUGAUAUUCAGGUGAAGUGAAGUUCGGUUUUGUUACACAGAAUUUAAAUGUGAGUGACUUUUUUACAUUUAAAUGCAAAGAUAUAUGUGUUUGUCUAGAGUGUGAAAGUUGUUAGACAGCACUCCAGGAUGUGACAAGUGGAACAAACCCAGAAGACAAACAUAAUAUGCAUAUAAUUACUGUGUCUUACAGAUAUAUCGAUAAAGCCAUAUGGUUGUUAUUUACAGAAAGCUUUUAAUUGCUAAUAUUUAUAUAUGCAUUACACAUAUGCUGAUUUAAUUGUGAUGAUUCUAAAAAAAAAUAACGAUUUUCUAAGAUGUAUUUUGACUGAUGCUAUGAAAGGUUGCUUGUAACCAGAGGCAUCAAUAGACUAAAUAAGAAACUCUCAAUGUGAGCGAAAUAUCUGUUUCGCCUUAACUAAAUGCCUUAACCUAAUGUCAGGUGUUUUUCAGAACAAAUAAAAUGCACUCAAAAA